AGCAGGUCGCGACUCCUUUAAGAAGUCUACUCAUCUGACCAUUUGCCCCUGUGACGCGUUCCUCGGUUCUCGUCGGCGGGGCGUCUCGCGGAUAUGCUGCACCCUUUAAACCCACUGAAGGAGCGCGAGCGCAACCUAUGCUGGACUGAACCGUAAUCCACCUGGGUGACGGUGAAGUUCGGUGUGUCAUUCCCAUGGAAUCUACUCCCGGUCGUUUCCUCCAUCUACCGAGAGCAGAAAAACGGCGAGCAGCCGAGCGAGCGAAUCACGUCUCGCGCCUCUUUCUCCAGACCAACUAAUCACGUCGUGCAGUAUGAUGGUUGUAGUAUAAACGGGACAGCCACACACAUCGUUACACAUUGUGACACACGCACACACACACACACACACACACACACACACACACACACACACACACCUGCAAGGCCUUCUCAUGUGGUGAGAUGACAGCAGCAGAGCAGUUAGAUAUGGAGGUCAUGACUCCUCUAAUGGAGGCAGCCCAAGAGGACAACUCUGAAGAGGAGGCGGAGCCCAACACUGUGCAGGCCAAUGAGGAGCAGCGGACCACGUUCCUGCAGACUCUGCUCCACCUGCUGAAGGGGAACAUCGGUACCGGCCUGCUCGGACUCCCACUCGCUCUCAAGAACGCUGGCAUUGUCCUUGGCCCAUUGUGUUUGGUGCUGAUGGGGGUGGUGUGUCUACACUGCAUGCACAUGCUGGUCAACUGCAGUCAUCAGUUAAGCGACAGGAUGAAGCGUCCUCCUCUGGGCUACAGCGACACAGUGGCCAUUGCCAUGGAGACCAGCUCCUCCAACAUGCUCAGGAGAGGAGCCCAUUGUGGGAGGUUGCUGGUGAGCUUCUUCCUGGUUUUAACACAGCUGGGAUUCUGCAGUGUUUACUUUGUCUUCCUCGCAGAAAACAUCAAACAGGUGGUGGAGGGUAACCGUGGUAACGGCGAGGAGGGGAUUGAUGUGCGUCUGUAUAUGCUCUUCCUUCUGCCGCUCCUGGUGGUGAUGUCAUUCAUCAGAGACCUGAGGAACAUGGCCGUCCUCUCGGCCCUCGCCAACACCGCCAUGGCCAUCAGCCUCAUCUUCAUCUUCAACUUCAUCACCUCCGAUGUUGGUGAUCCAGGGCGGUUGCCCUUUGUGUCCAGCUGGAGGAAGUUCCCCUUCUUUUUUGGCACAGCCAUCUUCGCCUUCGAGGGCAUUGGAGUGGUGCUGCCGCUGGAGAACCAGAUGAAGGAACCAGCUCGGUUUCCUCAGGCGCUUAAUGUUGGGAUGGGUGUGGUCAUUGUGCUCUACGUUUCCUUGGCAACCCUGGGAUACCUUCACUUUGGUGAUGACAUCAAAGGAAGCAUCACACUCAACCUGCCACACGAUAGCUGGACCAACCAGCUGGUGAAGGUGCUGUACUCUCUCGGGGUGUGUGUGAGCUUCGUCGUGCAGUUCUUUGUCCCUGCAGACAUCCUGCUCCCGCCCAUCCUGGCCCGCGUGACGGACAGCUGGAAGCGGCCAUUCGAGCUGCUCCUCAGGGCUCUGCUUGUCUGCCUGACCUGUGUGAUGGCGGUGCUGGUUCCACGGCUGGACGUGGUCAUUUCUCUGGUGGGGGCUUUCAGCAGCUCUGCGUUGGCGCUGGUGUUCCCACCGCUGGUGGAGCUGCUGCUUCUGUCGUCCGCCUCAUCGUCCGCCUCUCCCUCGCUCUCUCCCUCUCUCCCUCUCUCCGUCCUGGCCAAAGAUCUGACCAUCGUGCUGAUUGGCAUUCUGGGGUUCCUCACCGGAACCUACGCCACCUUGGAGGAGAUCAUCGCCCCUGGCGACCAGACCCUUUACAACGAUAAUGCCACCUGGACCACACCCACCCCUACUGGCCUGCCCACUGCCCCCCCCACACACUGAGCAACACACACACAUACUGAUCAAAACAACUGUGUGCAAACAAAUACACACAAUGACCAAACUGUAGACACACACACACACACACACACACACACACACAGAGGGACCAAACAGUGCCACACCCUGUGAAAUGAAAAUGGAUGUACAGUAUGUUUUGCAUUUGACCUUGCUUACAUUCCAGACCACCAGGUGUUUACAUGGGCUACUUUCAUGGACCCCAACACACACACACACACACACACAUCUGUCCUGUUGGGCACGGGUUACUUUCAUGGACCCUAACACACACACACACACACUCAUCAGGUAUGUGUUUACAUGGACAGCUUUCAUGGACCCUAACACACACACACUCAUCAGGUAUGUGUUUACAUGGACAGCUUUCAUGGACCCUAACACACACACACUCAUCAGGUGUGUGUUUACAUGGACUCUUUGAGAGGCACACACACACACAUGGAAUGUUGGGCGUCUCCGAGUGUUAACGCUACUAGAAUUUGAAUAAAUUAUUAAUAAAUUAAUUAAUCUUUAAAUACCUCA